CUAAACCCCUAUACCCUCUCUCUCUCUUUUCAGUUCCGUUCCCGCCGAGCAACCAUGGCCUCCAUUCUGUCGAAGAAGCAAAAGCAGAAGCAGAAAACCACGAAGCUUUCCGACCUCCGAGCCCUAGGCCACGACCUCCUCUCCUCCAGAACCCACAUCAACAACCUCCCCAAGCUCCUCUCCUACGUCACCCCAACCUCGCCGCCUCAGUACGUCGUCGAAUCCCUCCUCUCCAUCCAAGCCUUCUUCACUCCCGUCUUGCCUGAACUCCCUUCUUCUUCUUCCAAGCCCAAUCACUCCCAGGACGACGACCCCGAGUUCAUAUACCGCACCUGGCUCCGCUCCAAGUUCGACGAGCUCGUCGAGUCGCUCAUCCAGCUCCUGCUCUCGCCGGAAUCCGAUGAAACUCUCAAGGAGGUGGUGUUGGAUACACUGAUGGAGUUUGUGAAGUUGGGAAAUGGGGGAAAGUUUCACUCUGCUAUAUUCCAUAGGUUUCUUCGUAGCAUUGUGUACUCUACAACGUCGCCGAAUUUCUUGGUAGACUUGCUUGCAUCAAAGUAUUUCAAGUACAUUGAUGUCCGUUAUUUUACCUACAUUAGCUUGGAAAAACUUGCAAGAACUCUAGAUGCAAAAGGCCUUUCUGAGGAUAGAAAUCUGAAUGCAGAUGGUAACAACGGGAGUCAUCCUAGUGAAAGCAUGGAGCAAUUAAUUCGCAAUAUUCAUUACAUUAUGUCGCAUAUCCCCGCUUUUGAAGGUUCAGUUGAAAAAACUGAUUAUGACAUGUGGAGUGGAUCAAGUGAAUCUGAAGAGCAUUCUGAGAGCCAGAAAGCAAAAGAUAAAAAGAAGACUGAGAAAGAUAACGAUAAGGCGUUGUCUGCAGCUAAUAUUGUCAAAAAGAUGAAAUUAAAAUUUACUAAAGCAUGGUUAUCAUUUCUAAGGUUACCACUUCCUCUUGAUGUGUACAAGGAGGUUCUUGCCAGCCUUCAUCAGGCAGUCAUUCCUUAUAUAUCAAACCCCGUUGUGUUAUGUGACUUCUUAACUAGAUCAUAUGACAUUGGUGGUGUUAUCAGCGUCAUGGCUCUUAGCAGUCUCUUCAUCAUUAUGACAAAAUAUGGUUUAGAGUACCCCAACUUCUAUGAGAAACUUUACGCAUUGCUGAUUCCUUCAAUUUUUAUGGCUAAACAUCGAUCAAAGUUUUUUCAGCUUCUUGAUUCUUGCUUAAAGUCAUCACUUCUUCCUGCAUAUUUGGCUGCUGCUUUUGCUAAGAAAUUGAGUAGGCUGUCACUUUCAGUUCCUCCUUUUGGAGCCUUGGUUAUUAUUGCGUUGAUCCAUAAUCUUCUACGGAGACACCCUUCAAUCAACUGUUUGGUGAAUCGGCAAGGUGAUGAAAAAACUGUGGAAGUUGAUCCAGAAGCAGAGAUAAGUACUCCUGAAGGUGCAGAUGCCAAUGGUACUGAUGCAACAGAUCAGUCGCUCAGAAAACCAGUUAUUGAUCCUUUUGAUAAUGAACAAAGUGAUCCUAAGAAAUCAAAUGCCAUGAGAAGUUCACUCUGGGAGAUUGAUACCCUCCGUCACCAUUACUGCCCACAUGUUGCAAGGUUUGUGGUGUCACUUGAGAAUGAUUUGACAGUCAGAGCCAAAACCACUGAAAUUUCUGUUGGAGAUUUCAGCUCGGGUUCGUAUGCAACAAUAUUUGGAGAAGAGAUGAGACGGCGGGUAAAGCAGGCUCCAAUAUCAUUCUACAGAACAACUCCCACCUCUUUAUUCACGGAGUCUGAGACCGAUUUUCUUGGGUGGACAUUCAAGCGUGAGGACACUAAGAGAAAGAACGAUAGCACUCAUGAGAAUGGGGAAAUGCAUAAAGAAAGUGAUCGUAAUUCAGGAAAACGACAAAGAGUUGAGUGUUCAUAAGAAUGAUCGUAAUUCGAUAAAACGGCGAGACAAGUUGCUUGUGAAUUACAUUUAGACGGUUCUUAGGUCUAUAUUGUUUUCUCAUUUGUACACCGCCAGCAAAUUUUGUUCACCAACGAGAGGCUGUUAGUCUAUCCCUGUACUUCACAGCACAAUCAAGACCUUGAACUUCCAUUAAAAGAGGUAUUACAGUAGGCAAGUUUUUAAAAUAAUUUCUGUUACAUUGUUAAUCUAUAGUACGUUUUACCCAGAAAGAAAUAUGAAUGAGUUGACGUAACCAUGUUUUUUCAA